ACCAAAUCAGACGAGAUGUUUAAUUUUCUUUCAUUCGCUCUGGUCGUCGGAUUUAUUGCAGCCGCGGCUUAUCUUUUCCGAUCAAAGCUGAAUCUUCCACCAAGUCCGAUAGGUUUCCCUGUGAUCGGACACCUCCACCUGCUCAAAGAUCCCAUGCAUCGUUGCCUUCGUGACCUCUCUCUAAACCUAGGUCCAGUGUUUUCGCUCAAGCUUGGCUCUUGUCGAGCCGUGGUCGUCACGUCAGCCUCCGCAGCUGAGGAAUUCUUAACUCACGAAAAUGAUGUUGUUUUCGCAAACAGACCUACCAGUACUCUCUUCAAAAUCGCUGGUUACAACAACACGAUAGUUACCGUAGCUCCCUACGGAGACCACUGGCGCAACCUCCGCCGUAUCUGCAACGCCGAGAUAUUCUCCACCGUUCGUCUCAGAGAAUCCUUAGGGAUCCGGAGAGACGAAGUGAGGUCUCUGCUUCGGACGAUCCACGCCGCCGCCGCGGCGGCCACAUCAAAAGGAGGAAGUAACUUGUUGGAGCUACGACCGUUGCUUUAUGGGUUUACCUUGAACGUUGUCAUGAGAAUGGUCGCUGGAAAAAGAUACUACGGCGAGGAAAACGUGGAUGCUAAGGAAGUGCAGGAGCUGAUCAGAGAAACUUUCGAGCUCGCAGGGUUAACUUACGUCGGCGACUUUCUUCCGAUUUGGAAGCUGUUUGAUUUCGAUAGAUACAUUAAGAGAGCCAAGAAACUUGGCUCCAAGUUGGACAAGUUUUUGCAGGGACUGGUAGACGAGAACAGAGCAAACAGGGGAAAAAAUGAGUUCAAGAACACCAUGAUCACUCAUUUGCUUACCCUUCAAGAAUCACAACCUGACUACUACACCGACGAGAUCAUCAAAGGACUCGUACUGGUGAUGUUAUCUGCUGCGGCGGAGACAACGACUGUGACAUUGGAGUGGGCUAUGGCUAACCUUCUAAAUCAUCCAGAUGUUCUAGUGAAAGUCAAGACGGAAUUAAACAACGUCGUUUCGAAAGAAGGGCGUUUGAUGGAGGAAUCUGAUACUAGCACUUGUACAUAUCUCAAUAGUGUGAUCUCGGAGACUCUUCGUCUCUAUCCUGCAGUGCCAAUGCUGGUUCCCCACGCGUCGUCCCAUAAUUGUAAAGUUGCUGGGUUUGAUAUUCCACGUGGCACAUGGCUACUCAUCAACGCGUGGGCUAUUCAGAGAGACCCAAAGGUAUGGUGGGAUGAGCCCGAGGCUUUUAAGCCGGAAAGGUUCGACAGUAAAGAGUCGAAGAUGCAACAUGGUAAGUUUCUACCUUUUGGUAUAGGUAGAAGAGCGUGUCCUGGAAUGGGGCUGGCCCAAAUUGUAUUGAGCUCAGCUUUAGGGUCGUUGAUCCAGUGUUUUGAUUGGGAGAGGGUUGAAGACAUUGCAGUUGACAUGUCGGAAGGAAAAGGUCUUACCAUGCCUAAAGCUGUGCCUUUAGUUGCCAAAUGCAAGUCUUCUCCUAUCCUAGACAACCUUGUUUUUUAAUUUCUUGUAUUUUAUCGACGAUCAUCGACAUGCAUUGCAUUGUUGCUAAUAAAGAACAUUUUUCUUUUGUAUUUCUUGAAUAGUUUCAAGAAAUUUAAUUUUUU